AUGCUCCGCUACUUGCCAGACUCAUUCAAGAUCAGGCGAUUUACCACCCGCCAGCUCGUCGCAGUUGCCAUCGCCCUCCUCGUCGUUCUCGCGCUCUACUAUAAUGCGCUCCCACACUACUCAGACGGCAGACGCUGGACACCCCCUCCCGUUGCCGCUAGUCGCACCCCUCCCGCAGAAUGGCAGCGUCGCGCCGACCAAGUGAAGCAAGCCUUCCUCCAUGCAUACCACGGGUACGAGACCCAUGCAAUGCCGCACGACGAGAUACGGCCGCUCUCGAAUCAAUUUAAAGACAAUUUCAAUGGCUGGGGUGUUACUCUCUUUGACUCACUAGACACCAUGAUCCUAAUGGACCUCAACGACGAGUUCCGACGUGCACUGCCCGUAGUCGAGAAGGCGGAUUUUAUGCCUAGCCCGAAUGUCACCAACAAACAUGUUGGAUACGCACCUUUCUUUGAGACGGUCAUUCGCUACCUCGCAGGGCUCCUCUCAGCGUACGCCCUUUCGCACGAGCCUAUCUUGCUCCAACAAGCCGAGAAGCUGGGCAGUAUGCUUUCGCCCGCCUUUGAUACGCCAAGUGGGUUUCCGCUGUUUGGUGUAAACAUUGCCCAGGCCCAAGGCAUUGGGUCAACCACCGGCAUUCUCGCCGAAAUUGCCAGCUGCCAGCUAGAGUAUACCUAUCUUGCUCUUCUAACUGGCAAUAAGACAUAUUGGGACAAGGCAGACGGUGUCAUGCAAGGCCUCGCUCAGGCAGAUCUCACUGCGCUCGGCGGGAUGAUGCCCCGCCGUUGGAACGUUGAGACCUCAGAACCAACAGAUCAAUUCCUGUCCGUUGGUGCUGCGACCGACAGUGCUCACGAAUACCUUCUUAAGCAAUAUCUCAUGACCGCGAAAUCUGACCGAACAAGUUACCAGAUGUAUCUCCGCGCUACUAACCACAUUCUGACGCACCUGCUGUAUCUGUCGGACAAGCGCGGCCUCCUGUAUGUCACCGACGUCUCCCGCCCAGGCGGCGGCCCUAGUCACCGAUUUGAGCACCUAUCGUGCUUCUUCCCCGGCCUGCUCGCGCUCGGCGCAGACCAACUCGACCUGUCGCUCGACGACCUGGACCUCUCCACCCUCGGGUCGGAAGGCCUGCGCUCGUACGAGAUUCUGAAGCACUACGACCUGCGCGCGCUGCACAAGUGGGCGGCCGAGGGGCUCGCGACGUCCUGCUACCUCUUGUACGCGGACCAGCCGUCCGGGCUCGCCCCGGACGAGCCCCCGCCGUCGGCCGGGAACCUGUGGAUCGCGGCGCUGGAGCGGUGGCGGGAGGGCGGCCAGCGCGGGUCCCCACCUGGGCUGGGCGAGAAGCCGACGGUGCGGUUCACGGAGGAGGAGCUGAAGAGUGUGAAGCUGCGGGCGAUUAAGGCCGAGCGGCGGGACUAUUACUUGCAGCGGACGGACUACCUGCUGCGGCCGGAGGCAUGUACUGUGGAGUCGCUAUACCUGCUGUGGCGGACGACAGGAGACCCCAUCUGGAGGGAGCGGGGGUGGGCGAUCUUCGAGGCAAUUGAGCGCGAGACGAAGACGCCGUCAGCGUACGCGUCCAUCAAGGACGUCCUGAAGUCCCCAGCCCCUCAGCUAGAUGACAUGCCUAGCUUCUUCUUAGCCGAAACGCUCAAAUACUUGUACCUGACGUUCCUGGACGAAGAUCCGCUGCCAUUGGACCGAUGGGUGUUCAAUACUGAGGCGCAUCCAUUCCCUGUCUUCACGUGGUCUUCGUGGGAGAAGGAGAAGUUUGGCAUCGGGAAGCUGCCAUCGUAG